AAAUUCUACAUAGCAAAAUACAGUGGUUGGUCACGAGGCAUCUCGCAGAUUGUAUUUUGGAGCUGCACGCCUGUUACACGUGAGUUUUGCCUCACACCACACCACAUGGCCAUAAGAACCGAUCGAACUCCAUUCGCGAUCACAAGAGUGCCAAAAGGCAAGCGAAUGAAACUCGAAAUUGAAGGCAAAUUAGGGGAAUGCAAAGGGUAAAAACAGUAGCGACUUGCAAUAAACAAUGCAAUAUGAAAGUGCUGGUCUUAUCUCUGCUGGUAGCGAUGAUUCCACAUACAUCGGAGUAGACACUAAAAAUAACGCUGAGGGGACUGGUCGUCAAAGUGUGCGUCUUACUAGCACUGCGAGCUACACACACGGCUUAUUUAUCCUCAACUUAGCUCAUAUGCCAGGUUCUAUAUGUGGAACCUGGCCGGCUUUCUGGACUCUUGGCUCGGACUGGCCAAAUCACGGUAAGAUUGACAUCAUUGAAGGCGUUAAUCUACAGACAAACGAUGCUAUGACACUUCAUACUAGCAACGAUUGUACUGUCAGAGAUUCGGGGUUUACGGGGACGCUCUCGAUAUCUAACUGUUACGUUAAUGCAACCGGUCAAAGUAGCAACGCUGGUUGCGCCAUAACGUCGGCAUCAGCCUCUUCAUACGGAACCGGAUUCAACAACGCUAGUGGAGGCGUGUAUGCAAUGGAAUGGACCAGAAGCUAUAUCCGAACUUUUUUCUUCUCUCGCGACAGUGUUCCUGCUGAUAUUUCCGGUGGAGGCCCCAAUCCAAGUGGGUGGGGAACGCCUGCUGCACUCUUCGAAGGGGACUGCCAUAUUGAUAGUCACUUUGGUUCUCAUCAGAUCGUUUUCGACAUUACAUUUUGCGGUUAUUGGACUGGUAGCGUUUGGGAAUCAAGUGGCUGCUCUAGUAAGGCUAGUACUUGUAUCACUUACGUUCAAAAUAACCCUUUUGCCUUUGCCGAUACAUACUGGCGGGUGAACUCACUGAAGAUAUAUGAGAGUAAUUAA